UGGCGUGGAGACAGCACGCUGGCGAAGGUUUGCAGGAAUGGGCGCAUACACACGGCGGCACUUCUGAAUGUAGCUAACGUUUGAUAAAUAUAUUUAUCUAUUUUUUUUGCAAUUUUCCUUAUUUUCUUUUUUCCCCCUUUUCGUUGAUUAGCCUAUUUUUUUUAUUCGAACCAAAUCGCCAUGGCUUGGCCGUGCAUAAGCAGAGUGUGCUGUCUGGCUCGAUUCUGGAACCAGUUUGAUAAAUCCGAUCUUUCAGUGCCACUGACCAUACAGAACUACUCGGACAUCACCGACCAAGAGGUACAAUCUGUCACCAGGCAGGUACCGACGGACCGGGUUCUGAGGCACAACUAUUCCACCACGGAACAUCGCGGAUCCCCCCAGACACCGGGAGAUGCCCCGGGGACCCAGAGGUCAUUGAGGGGCCGGAGGGAGCCCAACUUCAAACCCCAGGAUGACUACCAACAAACCGGUGUGCCUUUCUCCACUGUCACCCAGUACAAGCAGGAUUACAAACCCUGGCCUAUUCCGAAGAAGGAGAAUUUUCCCUGGAUCAGCAAUGUCGGAAAAGGGGGUGAAGUUGGUUCGGAUAGCUCCGUGAACAGUAACCCCAAUGCGAGCCAGACGAGAGGAGACAUGCGGGAGAGAGAGGAGCGGGGCAGACAGAGGUGGGGGGAGCAGGGGACGGCAACAGCCAAAAGCUCUUACAGACAGGAGUACAGGCCGUGGACGGGGGCAAGACCAGCCAAGACCACCAGGAAACAACGCCCCCCUGCCCCGUAUGCCAGUCCCGGAUCGGGGGUCUCCCACCUCCCUAAUGAGACCAGCUACCAAGCCGCCUACAACGGAGGCGGAGAGGCUUUCAGACACACAGAGCUUCACCAGAGGGACCAUACUCCCAGCACCUCCACUGCUGACCUGCUGACCCCCACCGUCCCCCAAAACACCCCUAUCACCACCACCGCCGGCCUCCAGCAGAGCAGCCUGCCAGAGAGACCUGACAUCAGUAUAGGAACCAUGGGAGAGGAGCAGUUGGUUAGGACUAAGCUCUCUCCCAACCCCUCUGCGGUUUUUCAAAGCGGAUCCAGAAUCUUCAACAUAUGACAGACUCUCCAAAUCAUUCUACUGGUUACGGGGAGUCCAAAGAACCAGUUAGGGAAUGUUCUCUGUCCAUUCCACACUAUAACAAAAUCUAUGCAAGGGAAUGUACAUCUUCUCAAUGUAACCAGAAAGGAAAAGUUAGCUUACCGUCCAGUAUAGUAAAUCAGAGAUGAGAGUGAAUGAGAAACGAGAUGUCAUAAAACAAGAUAAAUCAUUUUACAAUUCUGUUCUAUUGCUAUGAAAAUGUCAUUUGCAUGAAACAAACUAGUUUGAAAUCAGGCUUUUUUGCCGUUGGACACUCCAAGAGAACACGGCUGCUCUGUGAGGUGUGUUUGUGUGUACAGGUGUGUUUGUGUGUACUGUAUGUACAGGUGUGUCUGUGUGUACAGGUGUGUUUGUGUGUACUGUAUGUACAGGUGUGUACUGUGUGUACAGGUAUGUUUGUGUGUAUGUGUGUGCACCUGUUGACUUGGAAUGAUUUAAGUUAAUAAAUCAUUUUUGUACAUACUGUUGGAUCUAUUGAAAUGACAAGAAAUGUAUGCUCACACUACACUUUGUCCAGAAAGGGUGUUGAUUUUUGUUAACGGAAACAAACAAAAAAUAUUUAUUUCAUUUCUAUUCAAUUACUGGUAGGCAACUGUUGAGAAAAUAGCUGUUUCUGGUGUAUACGUCCAUUUUGUACAUCUGCUUCAGAAAAUAAAAAGUUAAAUAUGAUAGAAUGUACAGUAUAUUACAA